AUUUCUCUUUCUGAUGGACCGGCUCAGCGUGGACACACAGGCUAACCCUCGGGCUUGCGGAUGGAAAGGAACGCGCAAGGCCGGGCGCGCGCUUGCGAGGAAGUGUGUUCACGAGCCUGACAUAGAAAUAGAAGGAAUAGAUAUGCACCAGAAGCAAGAAUAUUACCGGGCCAUCUAUAUCUUCGGGAAUAAUGAAUCACUCUGCAGGUGUUUGGAGCAAAGGCCCCAAACUCCUUUGAGCCUUUGCCCGAACAGCGGCGACGCCUGGACGAUCCGAGACCUAAAAAUGCAAACGGGACGCACGGAUGUGAACGCAGUCACAAACUGGAAUGCUCCUCUGGUUUGGGAGGGGACCUUUGAUCCAGUGGUUAUCGAUGCUAUAUACAAGAAAAUGGACCCACGAGUGGCUGUGUUGGUGUUUGCUGUUGGCAAAUACACAAGUUUCCUGAAGGGCUUCCUUGAGUCGGCCGAAAAGUAUUUUCUUAUUGACUUCAGGGUCACUUAUUACAUCUUCACAGACAACGAAAAACAGGUCCCCAAAAUUAAACUAGCUAGGGGCCGAAAUAUCGCAGUUGUCCCCAUCCCUGGAGCCAAUCGCUGGCAGGAAGUAGUACUGGGCAGGAUGAAAUGGGCCACCAUCACCAUUGACAACCAGAUCCGUAAGGAAACGGACUAUCUUUAUAUGAUGGACAUCGACAGCGUCUUUCACAACCGUUUCGGAGCAGAAUCUCGACUGUCUGCUGUUCUUCACCGUGGCUACUACAAGAACACAUUGAGGGACGGGUUUCCUUAUGAGCGCCGGCCAGCGUCCAGGGCCUUCAUUCCUGUUGAUGAAGGAGACUACUACUACACUGAUGCUGUCUGGGGGGGGUACCUGGAGGAUGUAUACAAGCUAGUCAGAUACUGUUACAAGCAGUCGGAGGAGGAUGCCAAGAAUAAGAUUGAAGCUAUCUGACAGGAAGAAAGUCACCUCAACAAGUACCUGCUGUACAACAAACCAACCAAGGUGCUGUCUCCAGAGUACCUGUGGUCAGAUUACGAUGGGAUACCAGAAGACAUUCAAGUUGUCAGGAUUUCCCAGUUGAUCUACGCAGAAUAAAUGGUGGACAUUGAUGUCAAGUCACUGACA